AUGGCGCCAGGAAAUGGUGCCACUGUACAGACGAAGCAGCGUAGCACUCGAGUACUCAAGGUGGAUGCAUCCAAAAUUGGCCGCUUUGUCUUUGAUGAUCCCCAGCAGUCUUUCCUCGGAAACUGGAAAGUUCAAUUGUCUGGCGAUGGUCCCGAUGCCGCCAACAUGUUGGAAGCCGUGUCACAGCUUCGAGACAGUGACCUACCGGUGGCUUUCCCUACGGAGACUGUCUACGGCCUAGGAGCAGACGCAACUCGCAGCUCCGCCGUUCGCGGAAUAUACAAUGCGAAGCAGAGACCAUCUGACAAUCCUCUCAUCAUCCACAUCAGCUCACUCUCCCAGCUUCGCAAUCUUCUCCUCCCCAGUAGUUCUACUGCUGCUUCUCCCAACUCUCCCCAAGAUCCGGUUCCACAGAUCUACCAUCCUCUCAUCUCUCGCUUCUGGCCCGGACCACUCACCAUACUGCUGCCUUUGCGUACACCGUCACCGUUAGCAUCAGAAGUCACCUCGUCGCUCCCCACAGUCGCGGUCCGCAUGCCAUCAUCACCACUUGCCCUUGCUCUCAUUCAACUCGUCGGUGUUCCUCUUGCAGCACCAUCUGCAAACGCUUCUUCGAAACCCUCUCCUACCACCGCUGCCCAUGUUCUGCACGACCUCUCCGGACGUAUCGACUUGAUACUUGAUGGAGGCCCCUGUACUGUUGGUGUGGAGAGCACAGUUGUGGAUGGCUUAACAAGUCCACCAGUGAUCUUGAGGCCUGGAGGGGUGUCAAUAGAUAUGUUGAGAGCUUUCCCUGGUUGGGAGGAUGUGAGGGUCGCAUACAAAGACGGAGCAGAGACUGGUGUGCCAAGAGCGCCUGGAAUGAAAUACAAACAUUAUUCACCAAAUGCAAAACUAUUCCUGUUUCAUGGCCAGUUAGACGCCGCGCUCGUGAAGAAAUACCUCAAGGGAGGAAGCAUUGGUGUUCUGAGGACAAAGACGUGGAAGGCAGGGCUUUUGCGGAUGAACCUGCAGUCUUCCGAAGCCACUGGAAUAACAGAAACAAACGGUCAUCCACAUUCUCGUAACGGAGACGAUCAUCAGACCACGGAGAGCCUAGAAGCUAGAACGGAAAUCGAAGAUCAGAGACAGCAGAACACGCUUUCAUCCGUUUCUUCUGCGCAGCAUUUUCAAGUGCAUCUGGGUGAUGAGCCCGAGCAACUUUUGACCGAUCUCUGGACUAUUGGCCUGGGUCCUGAUACGGCAGACAUAGCUCGAGGCUUAUUCUCUGCCCUGCGAGAACUCGAUCAAAAAGGUGUCAACAUCAUUUGCGUAGAAGGCAUAAACGAUAAUGAGGGCGCUGCAGCAGCUGCAGUGAUGAACAGACUUCGGAAAGCUGCAGAAGUAGAAAUCAUUGUUUAA